AGUCCUACGCUCUCAAACAAUUAUCAAACGAAGCGAAAUAUAGUCCCUAACAUUAAUAUUAUUGUAAAAUAUUUUAAUAAAAUGAAUUUAAAAAUUGUUGUAAUGAUUUUUUUAGGUCUUUGUUUUACACCUAAUUUUUCUGAAUCUAGCAGCUCCGGAGAAAAUAUAAAUACAACUUAUCCGCAACAAUUUUUGUAAAAAUACCAUAACAUAUAUUUUUGCAUACAAAGCAAUUUAUUCAACAAAAUGUUUAAUAAUGUUUUGAAUUCUUCUGACAGUGAACUAAUGAAUACUUAUCGGUAUUUAUCUCUCGAAGAUAUAGAAGAAUGUAGAGAUAUAUUCAAUAAGAAUUCUACAUCUUGUACUAACAUUAUAGAUGAAUUCCUAUCAUUAUUAAGAAAACAUAAAAAGGUUAAUAAAAAAUUAAAACAACAAGUUCAACGACAAAUACUCAAUGAGCCAAGUGGCAAAUAUUUUAAUAUAACGGAUAUGUAUUAUUAUUUAAAUCUUCACAUUCAAACAAAAUGUUAUUCUUCUACUACAUCAUCUUCUACGUUUUCUUUAUCAAAAGUAUUUUCAUGCAGCAGUUCAAAAAACACAAUAGAUUAAAAACUAUUAUUAAGACAGCAAGUAACUCAAAGACAACUUGAAAUAACUUAAAUUUUUUUCUUUUUAAUUAAACUAAAUAUAAAAUAUUGUAAUUAUAAAUUAAAUUAAAAAAUUAUAAAAUUGAGUUUUGUAUAAAAGAAUAA